CUUCGGCUCACAUGCGCAAACUACACGAAUUACUUCCCUAUUUGAUCGUAUUGCCACAAAAAUCAAUUGAUUGAUCAUUUUUGUUGUGAUUUUGGAGUGAUGAUACAAUCAAGACAAUUGCAGUAUUAUUGAAUAGUGACUAUAAUUUUUGGCAAAAUGUCCCAAGGGAAGAUAGUUUUAAUGGCUUGUGGGAGCUUCAGUCCCCCAACUUACAUGCAUUUGCGAAUGUUCGAAAUCGCCAGAGAUUACAUUCACACGCUGGGUUUGGGGACGGUGGUCGGCGGGAUAGUGUCUCCUGUGCAUGAUAAAUAUGGCAAGAAGGACUUGGUGGCCGCACACCAUAGGAUAUCCAUGUUAAAGCUGGCACUGCGAUCAUCUUCGUGGAUCAAGGUGUCCGAAUGGGAGACGCAGCAGGAGGGCUGGACGCGCACCAGGGUGUCCUUACGACACCACCAGGACACAAUCAACCAGCACUUGACCUCAAACCGCUGCGACGCCCCCUCGUGGCUCCCCGACGACAUGCUCAACGUCAACAGUCUGGACGAACCCGACAACCUCAUGACUAAACUCAACGGCAACCAGGAUGAAACCGUCACGGUUAAGUUACUGUGUGGUGCGGACUUGUUAGAGUCCUUCGCUACGCCUGGCUUGUGGUCUGAUGAUGAUUUGGAGACGAUAGUGGGCCGGCACGGGCUGGUGGUGGUGAGCCGGGCCGGCGGACAACCCGACAAGUUCGUGUUCGACUCCGACAUGCUGUAUAAGUAUCGGAGAAACAUAACCCUCGUAACAAACUAUAUAGCCAACGAGGUGAGUUCCACCGUGAUCCGCCGCCUCGUGCGCCGCCGCGAGAGCGCCAAGUAUCUCACGCACGACGACGUGCUCGCCUACAUCCGCCAUCACACGCUGUACGGCGCGACACUCACUGAGUAUAAUCUCAACAAUCUCAGAAAAUCUCCACAAGACGUCCCGAUGUCCCCCGAUGAAACCAGCUUCAAAAACAUACUCAUCUCCAUCCGAGACAAACCUACCAUCACCGAUCAAACUAUAACUGUCAAAAGAAAGAAAUCCAACUACCUAAUGCCGACUAUGACAGAUUCCAUCAGUCCUAUAGUUGACAGACCGAGACAGGCUUACGUUGACAAGGUCCCUGUCAACUACGUGCCGGGGAAAGCUGUCAAAAUUGUCAGCGAGGUAAGCGAAACUUACAGCUCUCUUGACAGUUAUUUAGCCAAAGACGAGUGUGAUUAUGAACUUUAUAGAAGAAGGGUAAGUGAGGGCAAUGUGGAUACCACGCUUAAAGUGGAACCGAAAAAACGAUGCACAUCGACGAUUCGAAAACUUAAUAAGCCUGAUAUUAAAAAGAGUAAGUCGGAGGUAAGUAAGUUGUGCGAUAAAAUGAAGAGUAUUAAAAUGAAAGAUAAGGAGAGCAGGAAUUAUAAGACGCGCAGUUGCAAUGAUAUCGUAAGGCUCAUUUUGACGAAGCAUGGGAUUCAUGUUAUAAGCGAUACUGAAGCUAUUGUUUAAAACACAUGGCUGUAUUUGAUCAAAUAUCCGUAAAAUGAUGUAAGAGAUGCAGUCAUGUAACGCGAUCACAAAUCACAAAGUAAAUUUCUAUACAAUCGUUGCAACCAAAGCUCGGCUAAAAAAUAAUAGAAACUAUGUACUCGUAAUUCCGAAGUUAAUGAAUAAUGAUAAUAUAUCCUGAAAAUACCCGUUUUUAGUGUUUUGUACCCAAAGGGUAAAAAUCUUAGUAACAGGGUCCCGACCCUAUUACUAAGACUCCGUUGUCCGUCUGUCUGUAUGUCACCAGGCUGUAUCUCAUGAACCGUGAUAGCUAGACAGUUGAAAUUUCCAUAGAUGAUGUAUUUCUGUUGCCGCUAUAACAACAAAUACUAAAAAGUACGGAACCCUCGGUGCGCGAGCCCGACUUGCAAUUGGCCGGUUUUUUGGUUGUAAACCGUCGAUAUUGCCUUGUGAGUCUAAAUAACUCGUAAAACGACUAUGGGUCAGUAUUAAUUAUAGAUAUUAAAACCAAACGUAAUAUUCAGCUUUAACGACAUAAUUACUUAGUAGAAAUAGUUAACUCUAGAUUUUGUGCCGUAAUUUUUCAUCGAAAACUAUACAUAUAGUGUACCAAAUGUAUCUUAGAUACCAAUCCAUCGUUGUGUCAAAUUUAUAUUUGCCUGUAAUUUUCACGCAAAAACGUAUAAAAUAUAAAAUUAAUAAAAAUUAUUCCAAGAAUAAAACGCUUUCAUAGAAAUCGAUAAAGUACCUAAUAAUUUAAAUGAUAAAAUAAUACGAAUUGAUGUUAGUUAAUAGACAAGUUAAAUUAGUUAAGUAAGUACUAACUAUA